CAGGGUUGGUUCAUCGUGUUGGUUCGAUCAGUUCUUCCUAAUCAGUGAUCCUUUACGAGAAGAUAUGACAGAUAUGUCUUGCCCCUGAUUUGAAAAAGGGAAAAGAAGAAGAAGAAGAAGAAGAAGAAGACUCUGCUUACUGCUGUUAAUUUUUCUCUUUUUUCCUUCUUGUUUUUAUUUUUUUUUUUUUUUCAUCGUUUUAAUUUUAAUUUUAUCGUGAAAGUAAUUUGAGGGAUCUCGUCAUGGUUGACACGGUGGAGACUGAGAGUCGAACAGGAACCAAGCAAACGGCGGAAAGCGUAGCUCAAGAUGCCGUUGACCAAACAGGAUUUGGCAAGUUUAACCUUAAGGUUAUGGCCGUCUGCAGUCUGAUCUUCAUGAACGUGGCAUUCAGCAUAACGAGCAUUGGUUUUGUAUUACCAUCGGCGGCAUGCGACUUUAAAAUGACCACGGUGGACAAGGGACGCUUGAGCGCCGCCCCCAUGUUAGGUAUGCUAGCUGGUUCGUACAUAUGGGGUUGUUACGCGGCCAUCAAAGGGCGAAGACUGUCGCUGCUGGUCGCGCUGUUUCUACACGGGAUCUCCGAGUUGUUGGCGUCGGUGGUGCCGCUCUAUUGGGUCUUUCUGUUUUUGAAAUUUCUGAGCGGCGCAGCUAUGAAUGGACAGUCGGCCGUUGUCUUCCUAUAUCUGGGCGAGUUCCAACCGACCAAAUAUCGGGAUAAGAUGCUCUCGUGGAUGGAAAUGGCUUGGGUUGUAGGGAUGAUCAUUUUGGCAGGUGUCGGUUGGAUCGUCAUUCCCCUGGAAGUGAGCAUCGAGAAGGACGAUUUUUUCUUCCACUCGUGGAACCUUUUCGUGUUCAUAUGCUCCCUUCCAGCCUUGUUGACCGGAGCGUGGCUGUUGUUUUUCCCGGAGACGCCGAAAUACCUCGCGGAAAGCGGCAACAACGUCCAGAUGUUGGACGUUUUGAUGAGAAUGUACUCGGAGAACAGUGGCGAACCGCCGAAAGAAUAUAUAGUAAGUCCAUACCAUCAUAUACAUACGUCUGUUCGCCAUUUUCCACGAGGAAAUCGUGAUUUCUUCCCGGCAUUAAAAUUAAAAGCUAACAAGGAGAUGUCACAGCUGUUGAGUUGUCGAUUUUAAUGAAAUUUGAUCUGU